GAAACGUAAACAAGCCACCUUCAAUAGGUAGACGAUGAAAGUAGGCAAGAAACAUCGAAAAUCAAGACGCGAUAGCUCCACAUCGUCGUCCAGCAGCACUAGAAGUACCAGCCAGAGCGAAAGUAGCUCCAGCAGCGAUAGUAGCAAUGGAAAGAGCCGCCGUAAAAGGAAACGCGAAUCGUCAUCAUCGUCUUCUUCAUCGUCGUCUAGCAGCAGUACCUCAAGCGAUAGUAGUACCGAGCGCAAAAGACAGAAAAAGCUUCUCAAAAGGAAGCUUCUAAAACAGCAGAAAAAGGACGAGAAAGCCAAAAAGAAAAUCCUUCGCAAGGAGAAAAAAGCUAAACGAAAGCAGGAAAAGUUAGUGAAGAAACUAGCCAAGAAACGGUUGAAGGAAGAACGACGCAGAGCGAAGGCAUCUUCCAGGGAGGCAAAUAAACGCGCUCCGAAUUCAAACCAAGGCGAAACCACAAAACCCAACGGUCCGGAUGACAGUGUGCUAGAUUGUGGGGUUCCACUGGACCUCAUGAACAGGAAGGCCCGGGCUCCCGAGACCAGGGAAGAAUACGAGGCUCGUCAGGCAAUCGUUAGGCGUGUUGUAGAUCCAGAAACGGGACGAUCCCGGCUCAUCAAAGGCGACGGGGAAAUAAUCGAAGAGUGCGUCAGUCGGGAACGCCACAAGGACAUAAAUCGGCUUGCGACGGCCGGUGAUGGAGCGGAGUUUCAACGUAAGACGAUCGGUUGGAGUGUACCAUAAUGUAUCCCUUGCACGAAGUUUGCAAAUAUACUUGUAAAGAAGCAUGUAAUAUUGUCGGCUUCCAAUAGAAUGUACUAUUUAACGAAUUCAUCACAAAAGAUACACACUGUAAACAAUAUGCAGCAGUCAAGGAAUAAAUGCUGUAUACUCUGAACUCGA